AUGUUCCCCGCGCUUUCUAGCCAUCACCUCCGGUGGGGUGGGCUUCAGAGGAAACUCCGCCUGGAUCAGCCAGUGCGAAGCAGGUGGCACUUCAAACGUAUGCACCUCCGAGUUGGAGACCGGGCUGAACUCAGCAGAGCUUUCACGCAGAGGGAUGUGGUCGCCUUCUCACAGUUAACGGGGGAUGUCAAUCCCUUGCAUUUAAAUGAAGAUUUUGCAAAACGCACCAAGUUUGGAAAGAUGAUUGUACAUGGAGUUUUGAUCAAUGGACUUAUUUCAGCUCUUCUAGGUACUAAGAUGCCAGGGCCAGGCUGUGUAUUUCUUUCCCAGGAAAUUAACUUUCCAGCCCCUUUAUAUGUUGGGGAAGUUGUUUUAGCUUCUGCAGAAGUGAAAAAGCUGAAGCGUUUCAUUGCUUUUAUUGCGGUGUCAUGUUUCGUAAUAGAAAGUAAGAAGACAGUUAUGGAAGGCUGCGUUAAAGUUAUGGUCCCAGAAGCUCCCCAGUCCUGACAUACGUGUUUAAAGGUAACAAGUUCAGGCGUCAGUGUUACUGCUGAAGAGCCUCUGAGGAAAACGGGGAUUGCUGCUUUUCACCAAGAAAGGGCUGAUAGACCCAGAAGCCCACAGCGGACGGGGGAGCAGGUGGAGAGGUGUUCAAAUGUCCACUUACCAGUUUGGCCUUAUGCUUCACAUCGACUUGAGUGUAUGCAUCAUCUAUUUAGGGUUUUAAAAUGAAAAAUAUUGAGAAGGUAAUAAUUUAGCUAAAGGUUCUACUUUUAGGAUUUCAACCCCAGCUAGAUGUCUGUUUGGGUAACACAAACCCUAUACAUGUGUAGAGUAAGUUUCUCACUGAAUUUAUAACUAGCUAGCAGUUAAUUACUGAAGGCAAUGAUAGAAGGAGGGUUAUUUCUGAGUACCUACCUUUUAACAAUAAAUAUUCUUAGAUACUGUU